CUCCCUCACUGCUCUGAUCCAAGCUAGCUAGUUAUCUAGCUACUGUACAUUAGCAAAACCCCGAGAUUAUGGCGGUGGGUAUUGAUGAACCGGCGGCAGAGUUGCGCAGGAAGAGGGUGGAGUUUCAUCCUUCCGUUUGGAAUGAUUUCUUUGCUCGCUCGAACAUCUCCACCAACGCUGCUGAUUCUCAGAAUUUGGAGGAAGCUCAGAAACUGACGGAAGAAGUCAGGGAGAUGCUCAGGGGAGCUGUUAGUAACGAUGAUGAGAAGAAGGCUACGAUUCUGGAAACGCUGGAGAUGAUUGACGCCGUCCAAAGGCUGGGCAUCGCUUAUCAUUUCGAAGAAGAGAUUGAAGCAGCUCUGCUUCGAAUCUCCGGUGCCGCCGCCGAUGGGUAUGUCGACGCCGACGGUGACUUGUACGCUGUUACCCUCCGAUUCCGGCUUCUCAGGCAGCAGGGCUACCACGUCAAUCCCACGCGUGAGUUAUUUCAUCUAGUAUUUGUCAUAAAUAAGUUGGUGUCGAGUUAAUAAUUCAACUUGUUGGAACCAACAAGUUAAUUAUAGAUCUUAUAAGACCUUUUUAUAUGUUCCCUUAAACGAAAACCAAAUCAUAAAUUUGAAGUUAAUUUGUACAGACUCACGAUACAUUGUGCUUAAAUUCCAUGUUAAUAUUGAGAUCAUGGAGAUCCAAACACACAACAUUUGACCAAAUCAUUUUAAUAGCGCGUGAUCAUUAACCAGUUGAUUUCAAUAAAUCGUGUUGUUGGAAGAAAUUUAAUCAUGUAUUUUAUAUAUCUCUCUUACAUAAUUAUUCUAUGCAUGCAUACUUGCAGCUUGUUGGGAAACGACUACUAACAUAUAAUAUUGUGACAUUACGUUUGUUGUGUGCGACUUCGUACCAUUCAGUCGCCUUGGCGAAAUUCAAAGACGAGAAGGGAUACUUCAAUGAAGAUGUGUCCGGCGACGUGAAAGGGCUGCUGAGCUUGUACGAAGCUGCUUACUACAGAGUCAACGAGGAACAAGUACUGGAUGAAGCACUCGUGUUCGCAAGAACUCACCUUGAGCCCAUUACCCAGCUAGAUGACUCGCCUUGGGCCAGCCAAGUGAGACACUCGUUGAAAUGGCCCAUACUCAAAGGGCUUCCCAUAAGGGAGUCGAGGCACUUCAUGUCGAUAUACCAACAAGAGGAGAGCCACAACGAAGCCAUUCUGAAGCUAGGGAAGCUGGAUUUCAACUUGGUCCAGAAGUUGCAUCAGCACGAGCUUAAUAUUCUCACCAAGUGGUGGAUGGAUUUGGACACGCCAACUACACUACCGUUUGCGCGGGACAGGGUGAUUGAGUGCUACAUGUGGCCGUUGGGUGGAUUUAUGAGGCCUGAUUAUACCACUGGAAGAAUUUUUGUCACGAAAAUUACCGCACUUGUCUCCACCUUAGAUGACAUUUUCGAUGUCCAUGGCACCAUUGAUGAACUAGAGAGCAUUACCAAAGUCAUGGAGAGGUGGGAAAUUACAGAUGAAGACGUGCUCCCUAGCUAUUUCAAGUUCUGGUUUAAGACCUUGCUUGACGUGUUUGCUGAAAUUGAAGCUCAUGUGUCCAAGGAAGGCAGGUCCUUAUGUAUGGAGUAUGCAAUGGAAGCGGUGAAACAGAUAGUGAGGGCAUUCAUCAAGGAAGCCAGAUGGUACAACAAAGGUUAUGUAGCAACAAUGGAGGAACAUGUGCCUAAUGGUUAUGUGAGCAUUGGGUAUCCCCUGGCUAUUACAGUGGUUUAUUGUGGAAUGGGAGAAGUUGCUUCCAAAGAGGUCUUCGAAUGGCUGUUCAGUCAACCCAACCCUAAAAUCCUUGUGGCUGGUUCUAGCAUCGCCAGGCUCAUGGAUGACAUAGUCUCCCACGAGUUUGAGCAAGAAAGGGGACAUGUGGCUUCGUCUGUAGAGUGCUACAUGAAGCAAUACGGUGUGUCAAAGCAAGAGGCGUACGUGGGGUUGAACAAUUUGGUGGAGAAACUGUGGAAAGACAUGAACGAGGAUCUGAUGCUGCCUUUGAAAGCUCCGUUACCGAUUCUGAUGACCAUAGUGAAUAUGGUGCGUGUCAUGGAUCUUUUGUAUAAGGAUGAAGACACUUACACGCAUGCCAAGACCUUCAUGAAAGAAUUGCUCACCAACAUUCUCGUGGAUCCUGUGCCUAUAUAACCCAGCUAUAUAUUCUUGUUGCCAAUAAGAUCUUUGGGCAGUUCAAUGCAUGGUGUGUGUAUUUUUAGUAUAUCUUUGUGUUACUUUUGUAUUUUGGACUCAGGGUCCAUCGAUUAAGCGUUGUCAAAUAAAUAUGUCAACAUCAAUAUAACAUUGUCUAAACUAUUACAUCGCGAUGAACUUAUGGAUAUUAUU